UUAGGGCAUGUGGCUUGUGGUUGCAACUGACGAGCUAGAUGGGGAGAGCUUAUUCCGCAAGCGAAGCCGCCUGAUUCGGCGGGACACAGAGAUAACACUCCACAAAUUCUCAACGCGCCCGUCCUUUGUGCCUGAUCUACAGCCGCCCACUUUAUCCUGGCGGGAACAUGAAUUGAGAGUCGCUCUAGUACUCAUACACCCUUUGUUUUUUAGGCUAGAACUAGUACAUCUAGCAUUUGGUAAGCAGCGCGUCGCUCUUCGUUUCCUUUGAUCGCCUACCUCUUAGCUUUGUCUCGGAUUAGUCUCAUCCACGACUCGCCUAUUCGUGACCUUCUUCUUAAGCCUUGAUCUAACUGACAGAUUCCGAAAUGUGACGCGACAACUGUCACCUAGAGCUCUGCCGCUAUUGGCAGCCGAAAUGGAGCUCGCGAAUAAAAGUUUCGCCGACCAAUCCAGCCGGAAUCGCUCGGAUAUGGCGAACAUGCCUGGUAACUCCUUAGCAGACGAAAUGGAGGCCAUCCGAUUGCUAGGCGAUCAUCAGGCGUACAGAAGCUUUGAGGACGAUCUAGCCGUUGAUUCCAGGGAUUACUACGCCGGGGACGCCGGGUACGCAGCUAUGGACGACCCGUUACUAGCUACAGAUAGGCACGCAUCGAUGCAAGGAGACUUAGAUGUUACGAUGCAGCGAGACAUUCACAUGCGAGCAGCGCAGAACAUGCAGCUCCAGCUACAGCAGCAGCAGCAACUUCAGCAGCAGCAGCAUCUACAGCAGCAGCACCAGCAGCAGCAACAGCAGCUACUGCAGCAGCAUCAACAUCAGCAGCAGCAGCAGCAUCUUUCUUCCCUCGCCUCCCAACCCCCCGUCCCCUCCGUUACCGCGUCCGAGCCUCCCUCCUCCGCCGCAUCCUCGUUUUUAACCGACGCGAAACUGCCUAGCGACAUCAACUUCGAGCGCGCCGGCGAAGACUACCGACUCCAGCUCGCGCUCGCGCUACGCCUAGCCGCCGAAGCUUCCUUUCUAGACGAAGCGAGCGAGAGGCGGCGCGGGUCCGGGCGGGCGGGUUUAGACUUCGUGGAGUUCGACGCGCGGGGGAAGGGCGGGACCGUCGCGGGGGAUAGGCGCAGAGGCGGCGCGCGCAAAGGGGGGCGGGAUGACGGGAGCGGCGGGAGGGGGAGGGAGGAGGACGAGCGUCGACCGGGGCACAAGCUGCACCCGUGGGAGCUGGAGCGAUGCAUUUUCCGGUUCUGGACGACCCAGGUUCUGGAGUAUAGUGACGCGGCGGAUUCGCGGUUCUAUGGCAUAUUCGGGGCCACGCUGAGCGCCAAGGUGUGGGGGGUGUGCGCGGAGGCGCGGGGGCAGGGCCACAUGCCGUCGCUGGACAUGCUGCUGCAGCUGCACCCGCGGGACACGUCCGUGGACGUCGUUCUCAUCGACUUCGAGGACGACCCGGGGCUCAGACGCCUCGUCGCGAAGCUCGUCUCGGCGUGUGGCAAGGGGCAGGGGCAGGGGCAGCAGGGGCAGGAGCAGCGGUUGGGGGAUGGGGAGGGGAAAGGCGCGGCGGGAGGGGGGCAGAGGAGGGGGGCAGGGGCAGGGGAGCCGACGGCAGGCGACGUUGCAAGGGUGGUAGCAGAGGCGAUGGGCGGGCCCGUGCCUAACGACGAAGAGAUCUAUGAGGUGUGGGAGGAGCUGGCCCGGGAAAGCAGGGUGCGGGCAGGAUCGCCCAUCAUGCUCAUCGGCAGCAUCAAGCUGGGUCUUAGCCGCCACCGCGCGCUGCUAUUCAAGGCGCUAGCUGAUUACUUUGGCAUCCCGUGUCGCAUGAUUCGCGGAACCAACGGGGAGGCGCUCAUUGCAACGCGGUGCCACCACAACAGGGAGUGGCUGGUGGACAUAAUGCGCACCCCUGGUCAGAUGGCCUCUAGGUCCCAUGAUGGCACCGUGGCAGGUCCAGCCUUCCUCAGAUCCCCCCUGCAGUUCGACCUCCCCUCCCCCUGGUCCGCCUCCCCCGCCCAAUCCGCGCGCCUGCAACUGCACUCGCGCCACCCCCGCCCUUCCCCCCAGCAGCCAGGCGCAGGGGCAGGGGGGGAGGGUGCAGGGGCAGGGGGAGCGCAGGGGGAGGCGGGGAGGGGGCCUGGGGAAGGGGGGGGAGCGCAGGGGGCGGGUGGGGAAGCAGGAGCAGACUCAGGGGGAGGGGGGGCAGGGAUUGAAUCUGAGCCGUCCGUUUAUGCCCUGGCGACUCAGCAGCGGUUUGCUGGCAGGAGCAGCUGCGGGUGCGGGAUCAGAAGGGGGAUGGAAGACGAGGGGGCGAUGGUGCUGCGAUGGGCGAUGAAGGAACUGGAGAUAGACUGGGCUGACAUGCACCUGCGGGAGAGGAUAGGGCAAGGCUCAUACGGCACGGUUUAUCGGGCAGAGUGGCAGGGAUCGGACGUGGCGGUGAAGGUGUUUCUGGACCAGGACCUGGGCUCGCAUGCUCUAGAGGACUUCAGAACAGAGGUGGCCAUCAUGUUCAAAGCGCGCCACCCCAACGUGCUCUACCUCAUGGGCGCCGUCACCCGGCCUCCUCACCUCUCUAUAGUCACGGAGUUCUGCCCGCGCGGGAGUAUCUUCAGGCUGCUGCAGCAGCCCAAUCGCGAGCUGACACCUCAGCGGAGACUCAGCUUUGCUCUUGAUGUGGCCAAGGGCAUGAACUACCUGCACAAGCGCAGGCCGCCCAUCGUGCAUCGAGAUCUCAAGACGCCUAACCUUCUCGUCGAUAAAGACUGGGCCGUCAAGGUGUGCGACUUCGGCCUCUCCAGACUAAAGCACCGCACGUUCCUCUCCACCCGCUCUGGUGCCGGCACGCCUGAGUGGAUGGCUCCAGAGGUGUUGCGCAACGAACCCUCAAAUGAAAAGGCCGAUGUGUACAGCUUUGGGGUGAUCCUAUGGGAGCUGGCAACCAUGCAGCAGCCGUGGACUGGUCUCAACGCCCUUCAGGUGGUGGGAGCAGUGGGGUAUCAGAACAGGCGCCUGGAGGUGCCUGAUACCAUCGACAGCAGAGUCGCAGCAGUCAUCAAGUCCUGCUGGAGCGAUGAGCCCUCGCUGCGGCCGAGCUUUGAGGAGAUAAUUGGGUUUCUGCGGCAGCAGCAGCAGCUCCGAUGACCCCCUGUUGACCCCCUGGCAUCAGCAAAGCCUGUGCUGAUAAUUACUAGCAGCAGCUACAUUACUAGCAUCAGCAACAGCCGUGAAUGUUACGGUACGAGUAACGGCUGUGUAAGGAUCAACUUUUGCAACAAUCCAACAGUGGGCGACAACGAUGCAGCCCCACGCAGUGCGGAUUUUACGAUUUUUGUUAUGUCAGUUCCGGAAUGCGUGGCUGGCUGGUGGUUCUCAACUCAAGCCUUGUAGGCUUCAUACAACUUGAAAAAAAUCUUCAGUGUUUAUUGGUACUGUAGUAACUAUGUUAGCUUGCGCUGGCAUGUACCUAGCUGCAUUCCAGGUUCACAUGGUCCAACCCCCAUGGUCAAGGUAUGAGUGCCCAUGGUCAAGGCAUGACAGAUUGGCAUGUGCUUCAGCCCUGGGUCCGGAGUUCAGGCAGGGAAUCAUGCAUGUGAAACAGAUACCUGAUUAAUGUCUAU